AUGCAAGAAGCAUCUGAAUCAUUCGUCAAUGGUGUCGAUUGGAGUAACAGUGCUGAACCUACAUCACAUUGUUGGUUUCAUUACUCUUGCGAAACAUCUUCUACUUCGCGUUUGUGUGCUUAUAUUUCGUGUAAAAACCGUAAAUCAACUUCCGAUUUCCCUCUUAUUCAAUGCGCAACUUGUUUAUUAAUCGUACAUGCUACUCAUCUUUCUGAAUUAGAAGAAUCUACAACGACUGAUCAUCAUAAAAUUCCACCAUGUCGACCGUCAUUCGUAGAUGAUAACAUAGCAGACAAUGUCGAUAUGCACGAUCAACAUUAUUGGUCACACGUUUCAACUCUUUCAACACCAUGCACAUAUUGCAAACGUAAAUCAUCGGAUGGUCUUGUAU